AUGGCAUUCGCAUCGAAACGGUUAGGAAAGGAACUGGCCAAGAUACAUGGAAGUCUGCCUCCAGGCAUUACACUCGUAACCGCCGAGGGCUUCCAAGAAUGGCUUCUCGACAUCCAAGUUCUCGACGCGAACCCAAUCUACAUGAACAAAACCUUUCGAUUAAAGUUUAAAUUCAGUCCCUCAUACCCCAUAGAACCACCAGAAGUAACAUUCUUAAACACCGCGGACCGACCCGUCCCAAUGCACCCCCACAUCUACUCGAACGGUAUAAUCUGUCUCGAUCUCCUCGGCCAGCAGGGCUGGUCACCCGUCCAGAACGUAGAGAGCAUAUGCAUGAGUCUGCAGAGCAUGUUGACGGGAAACACCAAGAACGAACGACCGGAGGGAGACGAGCAGUUCGUGGCUAGCAACCGUAGACGGCCGCGGGACAUCGACUUUUACUACCAUGAUAAUACUGUUUAG